AUGGCGACGGCGUCGGAUUGGAUUGAGAGCCUCAGUACGGUCCAUCCAGUGGUCUUCGCGUUCGUGGCUGAGGUUAUCCUCGACGCUCUCCAGGAAGAGAACGACCGAGCGGUCGAACAUUGCAACGCCAAGCUCGGGCGCAUGGAUUCACAGCUGUUGCAAGUCAACGUGCACCUCGUGGAUGUGACGACGAAGCACCAAGAGGCAAUGCGCUACAAGGCCGCCCACGAGGCGUGCAGUGCCACGUACGCCUCAGAGACUGCGUGCCACGAGGCAGCCGCGGUGCGGGAGCAGCGCGAAGUCGAUCGACUUCGAGGCGUGAUCCGAGAUGACCUCCAGCGCCGGUCCAACGCAGUCUACGACUCGAUCCCGUUGCACGGCUUCUUUGCCGGCCUCAUCUCCGGCGACUACAAGCGCAUGAUUCCGCUCUACUCGCAGGUCGACGGCAUUGUCGUCGCGAUCCAGAACAAGCUCGACGCGGCGCUUCUUCAGCUUGGCCGCACCAACGAAACGCUUGCUCAGCUUCGCAGCAAGUCGACGCGUAGCCGAGAUGCACUGCGCCAAACGCAAGCCGCGAUCAAGGAGCUCGAUUCGGUGGUCGCCAGGCUACAAAUGCAGGUCCAGACAUGCGAGCGUGCAAGAAAGGCCAUGGGCGAGCAGCUCACGGCGCUGCAAGGGGUGCGGGAGGCGGUCUCGAAGCUCCGAGCCAAGUACGCUUCGGCACACGACCAAGUGCGUCUUCUUGCCGAGAUGGACGAUGCCGAUUUCCAGUUGAUGUGCCUCCGGGACUUCCAACACCUCGCGCAACAGCACGCCAAUGCUCUGCUUUUGUUGCAGUAA